CCCACAAACUGACAAGGUGGAGUUGGAAGAAAUUACACGAGUGGGAAAAUGAACCCGUCAAAUAGCCUGCUAGAUUUGCAAAUAGCAGCACCACUAAAAUUAUAGGCCUAUCCAUGGAAUACGAUUCUAGUAUCUGUUUCGUUUUCGCAAACGGUCAGCAGAGUUAGCGCUGGCAUGAAUAUAUGCUUAUGACACUUUUUUCCUCCAAAUGUUCAGUAGGCCUAAACACUGCAGAUUAUUAUUAAAUGUUAUAGUUAUUAUUCUAUAAUUAGUGAAAUUACUUUGAUGUAACAACAUUAGCUGACUAAAGUUCCACUUAGAUAUAGGCAGCUGUCUGGGACAAUUAACUUUUACUAAAGUACCGGUAGUCUAAAAAGAUUUGCACAGCUCAUUGUCCUCGGUUGGCCACGGCGUGUCGGAGAGCUAAAUGUGGAAAAAUAGUAUGGCUGUGGGUGAUGCGUUCGGCAGCGGGGGAGAGAUCGAAAAUGCGGAUGUCUUUGCUAAGAGAAAUGGUCGGAUCGAGAGAGCUGCGCGUUGAGUGGAAGGAGAAAGCAAGUGAGAUGGAGGCGGGGGGAAGUUCCCAUCUCUGCGGGGACUGGAGCGCCUGUGCCCUGGACCAGCGGCGCAGUGCUGGCUAACAUUCAACCCAACCCUUGCUCCACAACGAGCUCGACUCACGCUGAGACAGUCUUCACGACCCAUCCUCGCCACACGGCUACAAAAUCUGGUUUACCCCGUGUUCAACGACAGCUGAAAGAAAAGUCGGGGUGAACAGAACCGUUUCACGGUAAAAUAAAGUACAGAUGAAUGGAGAAAUGGACCCGUCCACUAAAGACCAAGGUGAGAUCAUAGUCAAUCAACGUGAGAUCAUAGUAGUCAAUCAAGUGUGGACGCAGGACGACCUUUUGAAUCUGCUAGAGGCCAUGAAAGUCAAUCUUCCCCAGAAGGACCUGGCCAAGUACAAGACGUCGGAGUCCCAUCUGGACUGGGAGAAGGUGGCCUUCAACUCAUUCACAGGAGAGAUGUGCAAACAGAAGUGGAACGAGGUCUCCAAAGUGAUCCGUAAAUUCCGCACAUUAACAGAGCUGAUUUUCGAUGCCCAAGACUUCAUCAAGAACCCGUAUAAGGGCAAGAAGCUGAAGAAGCAUCCAGAUUUCCCCAAAAAGCCCCUGACGCCAUAUUUCCGCUUCUUCAUUGAGAAGAGGGCCAAGUAUGCCAAGCUGCACCCUGAGAUGAGCAACCUAGACCUCACCAAGAUCCUCUCCAUGAAAUACAGAGGGCUGCCUGACAAAAAGAAGAAAAAAUAUCUAGAAGACUUCCAGAAAGACAAAGAAACGUUUGGGCACAGCAUGUCAAAGUUCAGGGAGGACCAUCCCGACCUGGUGGAGAGCAUGGCAAAGAAAGGUUCUAAUGUACCAGAGAAACCCAGGACGCCUCAGCAGCUAUGGUACAGCCACGAGAAGAAGGCCUUCCUCAAAACGCAUGCAGACGCGACCACCAAAGACAUUAAAGAUAGUCUUGGGAAGCAGUGGACACAGCUGUCAGACAAAAAGAGACUCAAGUGGAUUGCUAAGUCCCUGGAGAUGCACAAAGCAUAUGAGGAGGUGAUGAAGGGCUUCAUUGAGACGCACCCAGAGCUCAACAUGAGCAACGAGGACAUCGUCAAGUCCACCCUCACCAAGGCUGAGAGACAUCUGAAGGACAAAUCUGAUGGCAGGCCGGACAAACCACCUCCGAAUGGUUACUCCAUGUUCUGUGCUGAGUUGAUGUCCAGUAUGAAGGACGUGCCCAGUACAGAGCGCAUGGUCAUGUGCAGCCAGCAGUGGAAGCUGCUGAAACAGAACGAGAAGGACGCCUACCAGAAACGCUGCGAGCAGAGAAAGAAAGAAUACGAAGUCGAGAUGAACCGGUUUCUUUGUAGUAUAUCAGAGGAGGAGCAGCAGCGUGUGCUGGGGGAGCAGAAGAUGAUUGGCUUUAAGAAGGGCAGCGGGGGAAGCAAAAAGAAGAGCAGAGCAAAGCCUAGUCCAGAGAAGCCCAAAAGGCCCAUCUCGGCCAUGUUCAUCUUCUCUGAAGAGAAACGGCCCAAGCUGCAGCAGGAGCGACCAGACCUGUCUGACAGUGAGCUCACCAGGCUGCUGGCACGCAUGUGGAACGAGCUCUCAGAUAAGAAGAAGGAGAAGUACAAGCGUCUUGAGACGGUCCUGAAGGCAGAGUCUGUGAAGAAGGGACAAGAGGAGCGCAGCCGGCUGCCAGACACCCCCAAGACUGCACAGGACAUCUGGCAGCAGAGCGUCAUAGGAGACUACCUGGCCAGGUUCAAGAACGACCGGCCAAAAGCCCAGAAAGCCAUGGAAGCCACUUGGAACACCAUGGAGAAGAAGGAGAAGAUCAUGUGGAUCAAGAAGGCAGCUGAGGACCAGAAACGAUAUGAGAGGGAACUGAGUGAGAUGCGCUCUCCUGCCACCAUCAUUGCCUCAGGGAAGAAGAUGAAAUUUGACGGUGAACCCAAGAAACCCCCAUCGAAUGGCUACCAGAAGUUCUCUCAGGAGAUGCUGUCCAACGGGGAGCUGAACCACCUCCCUAUGAAGGAGCGCAUGGGGGAGAUCGGGGGCCGCUGGCAGAGGCAGCCGCAGAAGGAGAAGGACCGCUACAAGAAGAUCGCUGAGGAGAAACAGAAGCUGUACAAAGUAGAGCUGGAGCGGUGGCUAGCGAGCUUGUCCUCACAAGAAAGAAACACGUACAAGGAGUACAACUCACAAAAAAGAAAAACCCCAGCAAAACCAGGAGGCACUGCAGCCAAAGUUAAGGCCAAGGUAACCAAGAAGUCGGACACAGAGGAUGAGGAUGAUGAUGAUGAGGAGGAAGAGAAGGAGGCUGCCUCAUCAGAUAACGAUUCAUCCAGUGCAGAGGACAGUGAGGAGGAAGACGACGACGAUGAUGACGACAAUAAUGAGGAAGACGAUGAUGACGAUGAGGAGGCGGAGGAUAAGGAGAACAAGUCAGAGGGGAGUAGCAGCAGUGAUUCGAGCUCAGUGGCGACGUCGGACUCUGAUUCAGACUGAAACACUGGUCCGUUGUGACCCAAGAGAGACUGAGCAGCGCUGAGCUGAGCCAAGAGUCCAGGGAGCGCUGACACUGUGCUGACCCUGCUCUCCUCACCACCCACCACCAGAGGGAGCCCCUGCACCACCAUGUCCAUUUCUCACACGCUUUCUCUCUCCUGUGUUUCUUCAUUGUGUUCUGUACAAGGAGGGUGAAGACCCUAACACCACCACAUCAUGCCCAUCAUCUGUUAUUCCUUCAACCCCGCCUUGACCUGCUCCCCUGCCCACAAAACGCUGGGUUCAGGUGGGUCCAAUCUAAAGCGCGUUGGGACAUUUGGCUUCCUUUCUACAUUCUGUGGCUAAUAGGUUUCUAAAUAGCUAUUUUUGGGUGACUGUUGAUUUUGGCCCCAUCCUGCUUUGUCAGUGUAAGUCUGUGUCAGAUACUAGAGGCCACGGUUACAAAGGAGGAAGGUUGGGUAGUGGGGAGUUGUGAACAGGCCUCCUAGAGCCAAAGAACCUAUCUAUCUGUCUGGGGGGUUAUUUUGGGGUGGGGGGUGCAGGGGACCAAAUAAUUGCACUCUUGAGAAAUGUUUCCUUUAGUCUUUGGUUCUUCAGCGCCUCUCAACUUUCUUUCUACUCUCAAUUUGUAUGUUUUUAUUAUUAGGUUCUUAACGAGGUGGUAUCUUCAGGAAAAAUUAAGCCAUUAUGAAUGUCUCUUUUUGUUGCUGGAAAUUUAGAGGAGAUGUAUUCAUCCACAGUUUCAGUUAGAUUUGGAUGCAUUUAGAAACAUGCCUUUUACCUGCCUUUGACAGGUGUUCAAGUUCAAAGGUGACUGACAGUCUAUUUAUUUAUUCUACAUAGAAAUGCAUCCAACCUUUUUUGGGGACAAUUUCAAGGGUCUUUGUGGAGCAAGUCCAAGACAAUUCUGUUUGACUCAUGUUGGUUCUCAUGUUGAUUUUCCAGUUUAGAUUUGUUCAUCCACUGGCCUGUUGGAACAGUAUAAAUAAUGAAUGUUUCUUAGUGGUAUCAAAGGAAUUUAUCGUUAAUCGACACACUUGGUUGUUAUUUUUGCCCGGACUGGAGAUAUGAGAUUUAAUUCCAAGUAUGUUUUAAACAGACUAUGUUGUACAAUUUAAUAUUGGUGUUGAUUUCUUCCUUGAACCACUGUUUUACACUUCUAUUUGAUGUAUAGGUGAUUUAAUGAAUUUGUUUUAAUAAUGUUGAGGGCUGUGGUCAGUUCCAUUUGAAAUCAGGGAUGGAUUGAAAUGGAUCCAUUUAGUUAUUUAAUUCAAAUUAAAUUGACCCCUACCCCGAUAUUCUUUUAGUCUGAUUAUCCCAAAAAAGCUUUGCACUUAAUGAAAGCCUGUCCCAUACUUCCUGUGUUCAACAGUCAUCUGUUCAGCCCCUACGUUUGUGUGAGAGCGACUGCAUUGGUGUGUGUUGUCUGCAUCCUGUGUUUGACUGUGGCUGCUGUUCGAUUAUCUACCCUCCUCCAUGUGUGUACUUCUCCACUCCCCAAGGAUGAAAAAACAUUUGCUUGGUGUGAGAAUGGGCUAGACGGAGUUCCCAAAAUGUUUCUUACACCAGUCGCAUGCUUUUAAAUCCUUGAGGGGCAGUGAACUAGUUUGCACUUAGCGGAGAAGGGUACAGAACCGGACUGCAACCUGUGAAGGAUGUAUGUGCCUGCGUGGGUGUAGGAGGCACUUCUCAUCCCAUUACCACACAAACACCUUGAAUGUAGAUGUUUUUUAUGCCCUUUUCUCAAAAUGAUUGAAGCCGAGUCAUGUCUGCUCAGUGUGGUCCUGUUGCUGACCAGCACAAGGACAUAUUUGUUAGACGACCCACGGGACAGGUUAUGUCAUAAGUUUAACUUGUUUCCAGGACAGUACAAUCGGUUAAUAAUGGCCCCAGUUUUAAAUGGGACUGAGUUUGUCCAUUUCUACAUCUCAUAAUUGUUGACUGAAUAAUACCAGCAUGUUGGGCUAUAUAUGAUUUGGUGAAGGAAAUGUUAUGCAGGGUGGGAUACUGGAUUUGGGGAAAGGCGUUGCCAAUGGGGAUACAACAUACUGUUGUAUGGUAUUUGUAAAUAUUGCUUUUUUGUAUUGUGUGGAAAUACUUUGAUUUGUACUUUGAUUUGGCAAAGUCUUGUCAGUGGCUCCAUCUGAGGCGUGAGUCCAUUGCUUGCAGGGGAAAAGUUUUUGAUUGUAUUUGUCCGUUUUAGUUAUUACAUCUCUCCCCAUGUUUCUUUGUAUAAAUGACUAAAUGAGAGCAAAGGCUUUACAGAUUUGUACUGCUGAUCAUUUGACACAUUUUUGAUGUUUUCUAUAGCUGAGGGUGUUCUUAUGUCCCUGCUAUUUAAGUAUUUGACAAAUAAACUUGGUCUUUAACAAAGUA